AACUUUCUAAACCCAAUAAUUCCUUUCUUUUUUUUUCCCGGUGGGAAAUUACAUUUUAAAGAAGGAACAAAUCCAGUUGAAUCUGAUCUAAAAAAGUCAUAGUGAAAAUUUCCUUUUCCCUUUUUUAGUUUUGCAUGAAAUGAGGGUGAGGCCAUUGUUUGUAAUCAUCUCGACACUUUCGUUAUUCUUGGCCGUCGUUCUGAUCUAUCCUUCGCCGCCAGUUGUGCCUUCAAAGUCUUCGGACUCUACCAGUGCCAAAUCGGAUAUAUGGAGUGUCCAGAGAAUUGUGGAAUGGAGACCAUGCAAGUGGUGGCUUCAAUCUCACUUAACUCCUCUACCAGCCAAGAGUAAUGGUUAUAUCCGUGUCGAUUGCUAUGGUGGCCUCAAUCAGAUGAGAAGAGAUUUCUGCGACGGCGUUGGUAUUGCACGUUUACUAAAUGCUACUUUGGUGUUGCCCAAGUUUGAGGUGGCUGCAUAUUGGAAUGAAUCAAGCAGUGGCUUUUCAGAUGUAUUCGAUGCCGAUUACCUCAUAACACAGAUGAAUGGUUUUGUCAAUGUUGUUAAAGAAUUGCCACCAGAGAUAUCAUCAAAAGAACCCCAUAGAGUGGAUUGCAGUAAACGGAAAGGUCAAUUUGAUUACAUUGAAAGUGUUCUUCCAUUCUUAUUGAAAUAUCAUUACGUCUCUAUCACACCAGCAGUGAGCCAAAGAAGGGAUAGGUACCCAAAGUAUGCAAAAGCUGCACUUUGUCAAGCCUGUUACAGAGCAUUAAAGCUGACUGGAUCAUUGGAGAAGAAAGCUAACAAGCUUCUGGAAGCUAUACCAAAACCUUUCCUUUCCCUUCACCUUCGGUUUGAACCAGACAUGGUAGCUUAUAGCCAAUGUCAGUACUCAGGCCUUUCACCUACCUCGAUGAAAGCCCUUGAGGCUGCACGUGGAGAUGAUAGAAAGCCAUGGACUGGAGAAGCAGCUCGGAUUUGGAGAAAUAGGGGAAAAUGCCCCCUUACACCAAAUGAGACUGCCUUUAUACUUAAAGCACUAUCAAUACCGACGAACACAAACAUUUAUCUUGCUGCUGGGGAUGGACUAAUGGAGAUUGAGGGUUUAACAUCUAUUUAUAGCAAUGUAGUUACCAAAUCUGCUCUUCUUAGUGGUGAGGAUUUCGAAACCAUGCAUGGGAACACAAAAGCUGCCUUGGAUUAUUGCGUAUCAAUAAACAGUGAUUCUUACAUGGCUACAUACUUUGGAAACAUGGAUAAGAUGGUAGCCGCGAUGCGAGCUUUUAAAGGACUGUACAAAACUCUUUUCUUAAGCCGAAGAGCUUUUGCUGAAUUUACAUCUAGAGGGUUGGAAGGGAAGCCGUUGAUGGAAGCAUUAUGGAAGGCUCACGAAGAUGAUUUCAUCAAGGGACGAGGGUCUGCGUUGUCUGACUGCUUUUGUGAGUUCAAAUUAUAGUUCAAAUUAUAUAUUUUUAGGCAUUCUUUUUGUAUGAAAUCUUACGGAAUAGUUUUUAACAGCGGAUCUACGUUGCUAAAAAAUGUUCAUUGUUUUCUCGAAGAUUAGUUUUGGAUUCUCAUUGUCUACAUUACUCUUCAUAUUUUGGUGACAAAACAACUUGGGCAUCAUAUGCUAAUUGCUAAUGCUAUACCUUUUCUUUUGUAUUAAAUGUAAUGUUAGUUGGUCAAA